CGGGCCGGUCCCGCGGUCGGCCGAGCGGCCGCCGGCCUGGCCCCGUCCCCGUCUCCCACCAUGGCCAGUCUGAGCAGCCCCCGGGAGGCCGGUGGCGGCGGGAAGGAGAAGGGGCGGCCGGACGAGCCCCCCGCCCCGGCCGAGCGCCGGAACCGCAGCGGGAUCAUCAGCGAGCCCCUGAACAAGAGCCUGAAGAAGUCGCGGCCGCUCUCCCACUACUCCCCGUUCGGAGGCGGCAGCUCCCUGGGCGAGCCCCCCGAGAAGGGCGCCGGGGGGCCGGCGGGGGGCGGCGGGAGCGAGGGCCCCGCCCCGGCCGCGGCGGCGGGGGAGAAGCACCAGCCUACCUCAAAGCACAAAAGCAUCGCCCACCUGCUGAGCAAAGUGGAGCAGGUGGCCGGCAUCUCGGCGGAGGGGCAGGCGGCCCUGCAGCAGUACGCCCAGUCCACCGAAAUGCUCCGGCGCGUGGUCCAGGAACACAUGCCCCUGGUGGGCGACCACGGCAACGGCCUCGCGGAGAUGGAGGCCGCGGUCGCCGCGGAGACCACGAACAGCCCCUCCGAGUUCCCCUACCUGGGGGCCUUCCCGCUGAACCCCGGCCUCUUCAUCAUGACCCCCGCCGGGGUGUUCCUGGCCGAGAGCGCCCUGCACAUGGCCGGCCUGGCCGAGUACCCUAUGCAGAACGAGCUGGCGUCGGCCAUCGGCUCCGGGAAGAAGAAGCGGAAGCGCUGCGGGAUGUGCCCGCCUUGCCGGCGGCGGGUCAACUGCGAGCAGUGCAGCAGUUGUAGAAACCGAAAAACUGGUCACCAGAUUUGCAAAUUCAGAAAAUGUGAGGAACUCAAAAAGAAGCCUUCCGCCGCCCUGGAGAAGGUCAUGCUUCCUACAGGAACGGCAUUCAGAUGGUUUCAGUGAAGGUCGCAACCCCAAGGCCCUAGUGUUUCCUGCUAGCUUGUGUGGUCUCCCGCCAGACCGACCAAGAUGCUUUGGGAUGCAAACAAUGGAUACACACCCGUGUCUCUUUUAGAACCAAAAAUAUUCUCUCGCAGAUUUCAUUCCUGUUUUUAUAAUUUGGGGGGGGUUGUUUUGUUUUGGUUUUUUUUUUUUGUUUUGGUUUUUAUUUUUAUUUUUUGGGGGUUUUUUUUGUUUGUUUUCUUUUCUUUUUUUUUUUUUUUUUGGUUUUAACACCUUCCAGUCCUAGUAUCAAACAUUUAACUGCUUUACGAGGAGGGGAGGGUGGGGGAAAAAAAAUGAAUCUGUAAAGUACCAAGAUUUAAUAGACGGACUAUGGGACAAUCAUUUUCUUUGUGUUCUGGUGUUGCUGUUGUUUACGUGUGGAAGAUGCAGUUUUGUGUAGAAAAUGUAAAUUUUCAGUACCCUUUUGAAAUCUAGUUACUAAUAAGCACUAUUGUAAUUUAGCAGUUAACUUCUACCCUCAGUUAAAUUUUCUUUAACCCCCUCCCUGCCAUAAAAUAGUGCAUAGUUCCCUAUAGAAUACUCAAUUUCAUGUUUAUAAUGAGAACAUGUUUAAAGCGACGUAGACACCCCCCCACCCCCCCAACCCUCCCCUUACCGUUCACACACGUACGUUUGACCCGCGAGGAGUUUGGUGUUUCGAGUCGGAAAAUACCUAAUUUCUGCCCCCAACACAGGCUUCGAAAGAAUAAAAAAAAAGUUUACCUUAGUUUAUUAAUCUAGAUGGCGGGAUGCCUCAGCCAGAGUUUUACUUAGAGGAAAUUGUUUUUAUAAUGUUGCCCAAGGUUCGGUGAAAAUAACCAAGAUGAAAUGCCCCUCCCUCCCACCCGCCUUCCGCUGACCCGGGGGUCCCCCACGGCCCCGGCCCCAGCCCCACACCCGAGAUGAAGACGCUGUUUGUAAUGUUUUAGCCACCCGAGCUGUUUUGUGAAUAAAACGAAAGCAUGUUUUGUGUCAUGA